AGGAAGAAGAAGAGUAAAGUUCAAAUGUGUCAAAAGUUUGUUAUGUGUACAACACUUUCUCCGUGAGAAAAACUGCCCAAAAAAAGUGAGAAAAUGGUGAUGUCAGCAGGAAGUGGAGCUGUAAAGAGGAUCUGCGUAGUUGGAGGAGGUACAGCUGGCUUCUACGUCACCCAAUACCUCGUAAAACAUCUCGAAAAUUGCCGUGUAGAUGUUCUGGAGAAGCUGCCGGUUCCAUUUGGUUUGGUACGCUUUGGAGUCGCCCCAGAUCAUCCGGAAGUGAAGAAUAUCAUCAAUACUUUCACCAAGACUGCCUCCCAUCCAUCGGUAAAGUUCCUGGGUAAUGUAGCCCUCGGAAGGGACUACACCUUGAAGGAUUUGCGUGAAAACUACAAUGCUGUCGUUCUUGCGUAUGGAGCUGAAUCAGACAGGAAUUUGAACAUUCCAGUGGAUGGGGAGUUUAGGAAGAUCCUGUCGGCACGACAAUUUGUGGCCUGGUACAAUGGCUACCCUGGAGCUGAGAAUGUUGUCACUGCCAGCCAUUUACAGGGAAGAACUGCUGCAAUAAUUGGACAGGGAAAUGUUGCGGUAGAUGUAGCCAGGAUUCUUCUAUCUCCUAUUGAUCAGCUCAGGAAAACAGACAUCACGGACUACGCUCUGGAGGUUCUGGCUGCGAGUAAAGUGGAGAAUGUUGCAAUGAUUGGACGUCGAGGUCCUCUUCAGGCUGCCUUUACAAUCAAAGAACUCCGAGAGAUGUUGAAGCUUCCCGGUUGCCAGACAACGUGGCGUCCGGAAUCUUUUGUGGGCAUCAAGGAGAGUAUCUCAACGCUCCCGAGGCCUCGGAAGAGAUUAACAGAGCUCAUGCUGGACAGUCUUUCGAAGCAAUCACCGGCUAUGGCUCCCACAUCCGGACGAGUUUUCUCUCCAAUCUUCUUCCGCUCUCCAAAGUGUGUUCGUCGCAGUGGGAAUGAAUUUAUCCUUGAUUUAAUUGUGAAUGAACUUCAAGGAGACAAAGCCAUGGCCACAGAUGCCACAGAGAGUCUACCAAUUGAUUUGCUUCUUACCAGCAUUGGCUACUCGUCCCUAAAGGAAGAUUCUCAGUUGAAUUUUGAUUCAAAGAAAGGCAUAAUUUCCAAUAGGGAUGGCCGAGUGCUGACGAAUUCCCAGGAAAUUGAUCCCGGACUGUAUGUCAGUGGAUGGCUGGCAACUGGACCCACAGGAGUCAUCCUUACAACCAUGAACAAUGCCUUUGCUGUGGGUCAAAUGAUCUGUGAUGACUUCAAAGAGAAGAAAAUCAAAGAAGAAGACAAACCAGGGAUAAAUCUCUCGCACAAGGACGUUGUCUCGUGGAGUGGGUGGGAGAAGAUUGACCAGGAAGAAGUCCGAAGGGGCUCCAAAGUGGGGAAACCGCGAGAAAAGAUUGUCAGUGUGGAUGAGAUGCUAAAAGUAGGGCUUUAGCAUUUUGCAAUUCAUUUCAGCACAUUGUGCGUUUGAUAAGAAAAUAAAAAAUUCCUUAUCAAUCUUCUUGUAGUCUUAAAAGCGGAUUAAAAUGCUCAAAGUUUUCAAAAGAAGUGAUCACCUUGAUUUCAAGAAGAUUCAUUAUUAUGAUAAUCUAUUCAAAUCAACUUUGCACCGAUGCUUAUCAGGUGAAAAAGUUGAAUUUAGCAAGAAUCAACCAAUUCUAUAAAUUCAACUCAGAUUUAAUUCAUCAGGUAAAAUCUAAGAACAAAGGUUUUUUUGAAUAGGGUAGGUAAAAUAAAAUUUAAAAAAUUAGGGUGCGGUAAAAUAAAGGAAAUAUAUUUGAAGAAGGCUUAGUUUUUCAGAAAGAAAACUUAAAAACUCAACAUGUAGAAAAGUUUUAUAAAAUAUCAAAGAUGUACUAUUUUUAAAUUUUAAACAUGACCAUUUUUUAUUAAAUUUCAAAAAUGGGGUAUUUUUGAAGGCAGUACUCUGCGUUGAUACCACUGCU